CAGUAUUAAAUGCGGUAUCGUGUCGAAUAGUAAGUGAUGAAUUUUGAACGCGUUCUUUUUCGACGGGCGGUAAGUCACGAAAUUCGGUUUUAAUCAUGUGUAACAAUUGCAACUCUUUUAAUGAGUUGAAUUACUUUUUAAAUUUAUUCUGGUGAUACUUUACAAAUUUUCAUCCCUUAUCAGUAAAAUACUACUUUAAAGUGUGGUGACAACGGUGAAUUAAUGCACAAUACAAUGGCUUAUUUCGAGUUACAAACAUUUGUCUCGUAAGAGUCCUCAGCGUGCUAAAAACAAUUCAGUUGCGGAUGUUGAUGCGGUCUUUAAUGAAUUCCCCUCCAUCCUAAUGUGACCGUCAUGAAGAGUACGUUGUUCAUUACUCUGAAAUGGACUUUUACGAUUGUUUUUAUUUGGUUGCUCAACAACAAUAAAUGCUAUUUUGUAGAAUGUGCAACCAAAGCGUCGCAUUUUUUACGUCAUCAUCAACACACAGUCGGCAGCGUACCAUGGAAAUCACGAGAUGAACUGACGGAUGUAAAUGCGAAUAAAACUGAUCUCAUGGUUCAUCAACGUGAAGACGCUAAAAUUAUUUGCGAACUUACAAAUAGUUCUGCCAUUGCCAAAGAAAAGUUGAGAUGGUUUCAUAAUGGUUUAGAAAUCGAUUUCGGCCAUCGAUAUUCGAAAGAUACGCGAACUGGUCACAUUACUAUUAUAAACGUUCAUUUUGAAGAUGGUGGCUUGUGGCAUUGCCAGGAUCGAGAUAGCGGUUUGAUGGGGAAUCCUGUACACGUGAUAGUUUUAGAAGAGCCGAAAUCGCCUUAUUUAUUAAUUGACGGACGCCGCUUGGAUCCUGGUAACCUCUUCAUACCGAUACGAGAAAAUAACGAUCUGAGUGUCGAAUGUAUCGUAGAAGGAGGUAAUCCAAAACCGAAACUAACCUGGCUGCUAGUACCUAGUUCGAAUAAUAUCGAUGUAAAUACCGGUGUCAUUACCGUACCCAGUUUACAAGUUUCUAAUGAAUCAUCAGUUAGUGAAAACGCUGCCGUCCAUUUAUUUCGAAGUGAGGCUAAACUACCAAAAGUUUUAAGAGCUCACCAUAAUUCAACGAUAAUUUGCCUCGUUAACCAUGUGACACUACAGAAUCCGAUAAACACUUCCAUUUUGCUCGAUGUACAAUAUACUCCUUCGUUUGGAAUUAGCAGAGUACCAGGAUUUGGGUUCCCUAUUACCGAAGGAAUUUCAGUAUCACUCAAGUGUGAUGUAGAUUCCAAUCCAGUAUCAAAUCCAAUUUGGCAAAAAGAUAAUGACGUACCACCGACUGAACAAAGCAAUGAUGGUUAUUUGAAUUUUACUUCCAUCAGGAUAGAAGACAGUGGUUGGUAUAAAUGUAUUACUCGAUAUCAACUCGCCGAGUAUUCUUCUAUUGGUUAUUUUCUCAACGUUAGAGAAGCUAGAAAUCAAGCCAUGGAAGAAGAAACUCCCGAAGAAUUAGCUGAAGAAGGUUCAGCUUUGGAAGUAACUCUGGGAGGUGAAGUUCAGCUCGAAUGUCCGGCAGGAUCUGUUUCGUGCUGGGGAAGAUCUAAAUACCCAGGACAACAUCUCGAACCUUUAGGACCGGGUCCAAAAUUAACAUUGGGGAAUGUUGUAUAUCAAGAAGCUGGAGAGUACAAAUGUUUCGUCGGUAGGACUUCAAAAAUGGAGAAAUGGAGAUCGCGUUCAGUUCAAGUGAAUGUUGUUGGAAGCCCUAUUGUUUAUCCUGCCAAUAAAACUAUUACAGCCAUAAUUAACCAAAGAGUUACAUUUUCGUUGGAGUUUUGCGCAAAUCCUCCUGUUACCAGAGCGUUCUGGAUACGAGAAUCGAAAUCUCUAUCACCCGGAGUAGUUAUCGAAGGAUUGAUCGCGCAUAACAUAACGGAAAGUAAUACGAAACAUUGCCAGAAAGCCGAAUUGACUAUAAAUUCGGUGCAAGUUGAGAAUAACGGCGAAUACAUGUUUGUGGUUGCUUCGGAAAGAGGAUUGGCAGGAGCAACGAUUAUGCUGAAUGUUACCGUGAUUACGCCAUUAUCAGAGGACAAUUUAGUGAAAGCAACGCAUAGCGGAACAUCCGGACAACGAAGUAAUUCAAAGUUUACCGCGCUUUUUUUAGCCAUAAAUUGUAAUUUUAUUUUAAUUUAUAUUUUCACUUUGGAAAUAUUUCGAUAAAAUUUGUUCCGUCUUGACGCUAUGCGUAAAAUAAUUUUACAUGUAUACUUUUACAUAAUUUUAAACCAAAGUGUGUAAUUUUUAUUUAGUGUUUAUUUUCUCGUAUCAUUUUGCGGAUCGUUUGAUUUGACCCUUUGAAACGUUCCUAUUUUAAUUCCUAUGUCAUAUCUUGCGCAUUUGGCAAUGCAGCAAACCAAACUACUCGAGUGUUAAUAGAUUUGUCAACUUGAAGAUCUGAAGGAGUAAACUUUAUUCCGCAUUGAAGGUUAUUUUUUCGAAACAAUAUUGCAGGCAAACGAAUGUAACUUCAUUUUAUUCCUGUUUGAAAGUAGCAGUGGCUUUGUAAAGCAUGAAAAUUUCAACAUUGAGCAAAAUAAUGAACAUUGUCUGUUUUGUAUAAAAGCCGAGAAGUUUCCUGUCUUACAGCCCUUUCAAUUUUGAACUUGAAUAAAAUGUGAACAUGGCUUAUUUUGUUUAUGUGUUAGGCUGAAAGAGAUACGUACAUUACGUGAUUAAAUAAGUUCGCUCCUUCGAAUCUUAGAAUCAACAAAUGUAUCUACUUUCGUGUAGGUUUAGUUGCUGGAUUACUAGAUACUAUAGACGGGCCAGCAAGAAUUAUGACCGAAUGCCCGUAACGUGUAUUUUUUCGUUUGUGAAAUGAAAACGCUCGUGUUGAACUUUUGAUUUUUUAUGAAAUUGAUUUUUUUUUCAACGAUUUAGAAAGAUCUCUAACUGAAAUGGUGAAUACAUUCUAGUAUAAAUACGUAAAAGACAAAACUAGUCAAACAUCCCAAUUUUUUAUUACCUAAGUCAAUUUUAUCAUCAACCGGAGUACUCCAAAACAUACAAUUUUCUAUUCAAUAUACUAUUGUUCUUAUAUUAUAGAUUAGCAUUGUUUUAAAAAAAUGAAUUUUAUGUCUUACAAAAAUUUGUGAUCGAAUUAACCAAUUUUUAAUGUACAGACCGUACAGACGUAGUGUAUAAUAAAGCAAUAUCCUAGGGCCAAUCGUUCACUUGAAAAUCCAAUCAGUAAAAAUAGGUAUACAUGUAUUUUGUAUACUCAAAAAUAUGUUACAGGAUGUUUUAUUUCAGAUGUAUACGAACACCGAGUGGAUGAAAUUAAAUUAUUUGAAAAAAAAAAUCGUUACCUACCUAGUUAUUUAAAAUUUUAUCAAAGUUGAUUAACGUUGACAACCACAUAACUCCUAUUUACAUAAAAUAAAAAGUGUGAUCAAAUGAAAAAAUUCAAAAACAUUGGAGCAUCGAGUAUUUUCUGAAAUUAAUAAUUACUUUUGUAGUAUCUCUUAACGUCCUCAUAAACAUAUGUUUAUUUAAAAUGAUGCACGGAAAGUACUGGAAAGUUUACUCUUUACAUUUUCCUAAGUUGGAUCACUUCAUAAAUUGGAAUAGGGGAAAAACGAGUAUAAUUAUCAUUUUGUAUUAUACACUUCGUUUUAUUUAGGAAUUUGAAUUUAGAUUUUUCUAUUUCAUGGCUACCAAAUUUAAAUGUCGAAUUUUUAUAUGUAUAGGUAGUCCAUAGGUACGUACUACGUAUAUGUUAAAGUUAGGUUAAAUUUAUUGUAUCCGUUCGGACUAACUAGUCUAUUAUGCUGUCGAUUUGAAAUAUUCAAUUUGUUUUACAAACGCAUUGAUUUAACCUAACUUUACAUGUAAGGUAACUGCGAAUAUUAAUACCUACAUACCAAAAAUAAAAAGUGGAAUAGGUAUAUAUUUUUUUGUGAUCAUUUUUAUUUAAUAAAAAUUAUUUCUGUUAAAAAAAAUAAACGUGUGUUGAAUAAAUAUAAAAAAUGUUAAACACUAUUUUAAACCUGUCUAAAUGUUUAUGGUUUUGUGAUCACUGUACUUCGUGCAAUUAAAUUGAAUUUUUGACGCAAAAAUUAUAAAAUUAGGUUUUAAAAUACGUGGUAUACCUACAAACUGAGUUUUUUUUUGUAAUACCUAUUUUUAAAAAUUGAUUAAGCAUUCGAAUUUAUUGAGGAACUGCGUUUCGAUGAAGUUCCUUCAUAUUUCACACCAUUUUAAUUAUGAAAUCCGUCGAUGUGGAGUUAGAUAUUUAUAUUAAUUAACUUAUAAGUAAAUAAAGUGUGUCUUCUAUAGAUUUCUGUACAAAUUUUAAUACGUUUACGUGUUGUUUACUGUUAUAUUUAUACGUAUUAAGAAAAAAUUUGUAAAAAAUUUAUUGUUGAAUGUUGUACAAUUGUUUAAAAAAAGAAGUUUUUUCAUUA